AUGGCGCCCACCGACCGGCCGCCGGCGGCGCAGGGUACGCAGUCGCAGCAGCGAGCCCAGCAGCGGCAGUACGCGUCCAAACCGUCUCGUUCGCAGGCCGCCACGCCGGCGUCCGAGGCGGCCGACAUGCGACUGGAGUUCCAGCAACAGCAGCAGCCUGGAAACCGGACGAUCAGCGCGCCGACCAGCCCGGCCAAGACGAGAGACUCGAUACUGCAGCGCGUCCAAUCGCUGACGGACGCGGCCAAGGAGAAGGCCAGCUCGAUCAGCAACGACAUCAAGUACGCGGCAGCUACACGAAGACAACAAAGAGUGAGCAAAGACCGUUUGUUGACGUUGCUCGUGGUGGACGACGAGAACUUUGAAUGGUCUAGAUACUUCCGGGGAAAACGGUUCUUUGGCGACUUCGAGAUACACGUCGAACAGGCGGACAUCAAAGACCUGACGGUGACCGCGAGCGCGGAAAGAGGAUGCACUGUCAGCAUGGCCGUGCUCUCUCCUUCCGGUUCCCGGGUGGUCCGUUCGUUCAGACCGGAUUUCUUCCUGUGCCGACAGAGCGUCAGAGACGCCAGUAAGGAUUACCGUAACGUCUUGUUGGGACUGAACAUCGGUGGCGUGCCCAGCAUCAAUUCGUUACAUUCGCUGUACAACUUUCAGGAUAAACCUUGGGUGUACGGGCAAUUGGUGCAACUUCAAAAAAAGUUGGGCAAGGAAAACUUUCCGUUGAUUGAACAGACUUUCUACCCGAGCUCCGGCGAAAUGUCGGUGGCCACUCAAUUGCCAGUGGUCCUCAAAGUUGGGCACGCUCACGGAGGCGUGGGCAAAAUAAAAGUCGAAAAUAAUUCUGACUUCCAGGACAUGACAUCAAUUGUAUCUGUUGCUUCAACGUACUGCACUACCGAACCAUUUGUCGAUAGCAAAUACGAUCUUCAUCUAACUAAAAUCGGACCUCAUUACAGAGCGUUGAUGCGUAAAAGCGUCUCGGGAAAUUGGAAAUCGUGUGUGGGUUCGGCGAUGUUGGAAGAAACAGAAGUUCUAGAAAGAUACAAAUUUUGGCUGGACGCUGUGGCAGAACUUUUUGGUGGUCUGGAUAUUUUGUCAUUGGAGGUAGUUGUUUCCAAAGACGGAAUAGAGCAAAUCAUUGGCGUCAACGACUCUGCAUUAUCCUUGUUGGGAAAUCAGCAAGAAGAAGACAGGAAAUAUAUUUUCGAUUUGAUCAUGGAGCGAUUAGAAACACAAGUAUUGGCAAAUAUGGGUCUCCAAGCAGUUAGCCAACCACUAGAAGAAGAACCACCAGCCAUUCCGGCGAGACGAGAUUCUUUGGUUUCAGAGAGCAGCGUGACCAGCAGCCACCAAUCCAGCCAACCUGUGAAAGCGAACCUAAGCCGUCAAGGGUCCAUCGUUUCAGCUGCUGUUCCCGUUCCGGUGCAGCAGCAAAACAAAGCAGGACAGCUGGACGACACCGAAGACACGAUGAAAAAUCUGAGGAAAACGUUCGCUGGAAUUUUUGGCGAAAUGUAA